AUGGAGACCGAAGUCGAGAAUGCAGGAGCUAUUGUGCCGGCGGGAGAGGCGAGGACAGUGCCCCCAUCCACGGACAUUGUCGUUGCUGGCGGAGUUGGCAGCGGGUCCUCGACUUACAUUCCGGAUAUUGAGGGGCUGAAGAAGGUCAUUACGCAUACGAGGGCUGUCGGUGUAAUUCUCCCGCCGCCAGAUAUCCGCGCGAUUAUUGACAAGACAGCUCAGUUCGUCGCUAAAAACGGCGUGGAGUUCGAGAAGCGUAUCCUUUCAAACGAAAAAAAUAAUGUUAAGUUCAAUUUCCUGGUGGCCACGGACCCCUACCACGCCUACUACAAACUUCGGAUCAAGGACUUCUCCGCGGAGGACGGCCAGGCGCCCAAGGACCAAGCGCCAGGCGCGCCCGUCCCCGUAGCACCCGUGGUGCCUGCAAUCCCCGCAGCGCCAGUUAGCGUCGUCCCCAAAGCCACGGUCAAACCACUGGAGAAGCCUGAGGACGAGCUCUAUACGGCAGGCGAGUUUGUGCCCGUGUUUCCAACACGUCUUCAAAAGGUGCACGUGCCCGAGGGCCUUACCACCCAGGACCUGGACAUCAUCAAGCUCACGGCCCAGUUCGUGGCGCGAAACGGCAAGAGCUUCCUAGCGGGUCUCUCCAGCCGGGAGCAUACGAACCCACAGGCUUUGACGGAACCCCUCCCCGCACUGUUCAACUUUCUGAAGCCCACCCACAGCCUUUUUGCGUUCUUCACCGCCUUAGCGGAUGCGUACAGCCGGGUGAUGAUGCCGGAGAAGGGCCUCAAAGAGCGGCUGGCCAAGGACUCGUCGGACAGGGCCGCGGUGUUGGACCGGGCGCUGCGGCGGCUGGAGUGGGAGCGGCACAAGGAGAAGGAGGCGCAGGAUGCGGCUGACGAAGCGGAGCGAGAACGACAGGCCGUCCAGGCCAUCGACUGGCACGACUUCGUGGUGGUGGAGACCAUCACUUUCGAAGACGACGAGGAUCUGGAGCUGCCACCUCCGCUGACGCUUCGGGACGUGAUUGCCAUGAACAAAAGUCGCGAAGCGCUGGAGGCUCUCAAUCUGCAGCAGCAGGAGGCGGCGACGGCCGAAGGCAUCAAGGAAGCGGAUAUGGAGAUGGACGAGGAGGAGAGGGCGAUGGUGGCGGAAGCAGCCGCGCAGGAAGCGCGUGCUGCCGCUGCGGCCGCCGCCAACGGCGGUGUUCCGCCGCCGCCGGAAGGCGCCGACGGUGGCGCCGCACCAGCCGCGGCCGCUGCCAACGCCGCUCCGGAACCGGCCUCUGAGGACGCCGAUGCCGCGAUGGACAUGGAGGAAGAGGAGGAGGAGGAGGAAGCGCCUAUCAAGGUUGUUAAGAACUACACUCGCCAGGCGGUGCGGACGCAUGCCGGCAGGUCCUACGACCCCACCAAGUUUGUCGUGUCGCCCAUCACAGGCGAGCUCAUUCCCAUUGAGGAGAUGGCCGAGCACAUGCGCAUCAGUCUCAUUGACCCCCGCUGGAGGGAGCAGCGAGACGUCAUGCUCUCGAAGAUCAGGGAAACCACCAAGGCAACGGAUGACGAGAUCACUCGCAACCUCGUGGGGCUCGCGGUGUCGCGACCCGAUAUCUUUGGAUCCACAGAGGAAGAACUACAGCAGGCGGUGCGCGAGGAGAUCAAAGACAAGAUGAUGUCUGGAGUGGGACGGCCUGUGGCCUGGGACGGAGCCACGCAAGGCGGCGAGGCGCUACAAAACCAGAUUCGCGCCAUCGCAGAUAGCAGGGCGGAGACGGCGGAGCGCAACGCCGGUGCCGGCGCCGGCGCAGCGGGUUCAGGAACCGGGCCCUCUAUCCCGCAAGCCGUAACGCUAGGCCCCGCCGCACGGCCCGGUGGCGGCGGCGGGCUGGGAGCGCUUCCGCCGCCGCCGCCGCAGGGGGCCAUGGGCAUGCAAGGUGGCAUGAUGCGGCCUCCGAUGAUGGGAGGGCCCAUGGGCAUGGGCAUGGGCAUGGGAGGCGCCAUGGGGGGUCCUAUGGGCAUGAUGCGGCCACCGAUGGGCAUGAUGGGAGGGCCCAUGGGCAUGGGCAUGGGGGGCCCGAUGGGCAUGCGCCCACCGGGCAUGGGAAUGGGCAUGGGGAUGGGCAUGGGGAUGGGAAUGGGCGGACCGAUGGGGAUGGGCGGCCCCAUGGGAAUGGGCGGGCCGAUGGGGAUGGGGAUGGGCAUGCAGAGGCCGCAGGGUAUGGCUGGCGGAGCCGCCGGAACUGGCGCCGGCGGACCGCCACCGCCGCCGCCGCCUUCUUCAGCGACACCGGCUGCGCCGCCUCUGCCGCGCGAGGCGCCGCCAUUGCCGGCUGAGGAUCAGCCCGAUGCGAAACGCGCCCGCGUCGCUGGUGAUUUCGUUCUUCAGCCGGAGGAGGAGUUCCUGGCUCGUUUCCCUGGGCCCAGCCGCGUCAAGGUGCUGUGUCCAGAGGUCGAGGGCAACGAGAAGCUCAUCGGGCAGCUGCUGGAAGUGGAGGUAGCGUCGCUGUCAGAUUCCGUGGCGGAGUUCAAGGGGCGGCUGGCGGCCGUGCUGGACCUGCCCGCCAACAAACAGAAGCUCGCGCGCGACGGCGUGGGCUUCAUGCGCGACGAGUUGUCGCUCGCACAUUACAAUGUGUCGCCGGAUGUGGUCCUGAACCUGGGUCUCAAGGAACGUGGUGGCGCGCGCAAGAAGUAG